AUGGCAACGUGGCGGGCGUGGGGCGGCCGCGCGACCGCCGCGCUUGCGUCAACGCUGGUCAUCACAUCGCUCGCGGUCCACGUCGCGCUGAGACUGGCACCGAGUUUGAUACCUUGGGUCGAGACGUCGAAUCACACGGUUGUUGCAGCACGGACACUUCAGCGCGCGUGGCGGCGGUACCGCGAUCGAAGAGUGCACCAACUCGACUUAUUACGCCUUCGCGACAACCGAGCACUGAAGAAACCACGCAGUCAACGCAAGGUUAAAGCCACGCGGCACUUGACCAAGAAGGAGGUGGCGUUCAAGCUCGAGCUCGAGCUCUGGGUGACGCAGGUCCUACUGCAGCUACACCCGCGCACAGUCACCAUUCCGCUGGCCUUUGUGCCCGAGUACCACGACCACUGUUUACGCGAGCUCCACUCGGCCGCCCGCUUCAAAAUACGGCGAUGGCUGUGUCAGCGCUUGCGCCUGCGGUCACCGCGUCACCUGUUCAACAUCGCCAAGGCUCGACUAGACUGCGCGGCGCGGCUCAUUCAAGGCGCUGUCCGGUGCCGGUUUGCCUAUCUGCUCUUGGCGGCGAAAAGAAGGUACUUAGACGGCCUUGUGUUUUCCAUGCACGUGCGCUGCCUCGGGCACAAGCAUCGCGCAGCGCUGGUGCUGCAAGCCACGUGGCGCUACCACCAAUCGGUUCAAUUUUGGCGCCACUACCUCUGCCUCUAUCGCAUCCGUCUCGUGUUGAUGGCCGACGCGCACCGGCGACUCCGAUACGAGCUGCACGAGCUGCCGUUUAGCGAGUGUGAACACCCCAAGUUGCUCGCACGAUGGGUGCCGAGGACAAACCGACGUGCCCGCCGCCCCAGUCUCGUCGCAAUCACAGCCUGAGACGUGGCAGAACGCGCUGCGAUUCCGGAUACUGUUACCCAAUCAGUGAUGUCUGAUUCCACCAAACAAAGGAUGCCGGAAGCGCUGAUAAUUCAAAUUGAAUGGAGGAUUUUCACACAC